UUCUAAAAAUUGAUUGAAAUAUAAUCUUUUACUAAAACAGAGUCAAAAUGGAAAAGAAGUCUGGCCUCACAGAAGACGCCCUUGAUACAGAUCAGGAAUCUAUCCAGCAAGCAGGAGAAUAUAUGAUCAAGUAUGAGAUCGAGCAUGACCUUGGCAAAGAAGUUGCUGAUCUUUGGGCUCAAGUAGAAGCAAAUACUAAAGGAUUCAGGAAACAUCUCCUCUGCUGUGCUGCUGAUUACUGUGUUAAUAAGCUUAAGAAUCCUGAAUCAAAACUCUUCCUAACUUUAAUGGAUCACUUGAAUCAGUGUGUAAAGUAUCAUGAAAACAAUAGGAGACUGAUCUCUGCAUGGUGCAGGAACGACAUCAUUUCAGAAGACCAUAAGAAUCAUCUCAUAAAAGAGCUUGAAGCAUAUCAAGAAAGCAGGAGAAAAAGCAAUGAAGUCUACUUCAAAGCGCAAUCAAAAGAGAAGCAGUUUGCCAUUUAUCUGAGAAACUUCAAGCAAUGCAGUGCUAACUCAGAAGUCUAUAGAGAAGAGCUCCAGGCUAUGCUACAGAGUAAGUCUCAUACUCCUCAACAGGUUUAUGAGCUGAUUGAGAAGUUUCAUAAAACCCUACUCAGCUUGAAAUGCAACAGAAGAGCUGCUGCCAAGCUAGCGAUAGAGUUUACUAAGGAAUUUAGACAAAGCAUCACAGUCAGACUUCAUUGUCUUGAGAACAUCAAAGAGCUCCAGCGCAAAGUGAAAGGAGAGCUUGAGAUUAGACAGAAGAAAGAUCCUGAAAAGAAGCCUCAAAAAGAGUAACCCAACUGGACUAAAAUUUGUUAAGUAAAAACUAUCAAAUAUUCUUGACUACAUUUAAGAUUUUUUCAAUUUUGUUUC